AAGUUUCUUAAUAAGUGGACCAAUUUUGUAUCAAUAGUCGUUUUGGUUCACCAGAAGUUCUACACAAAAGAAGACACAGAAGCAGAGAAAGAAGAAGAGUGUUCCUGAAACGUUUCUCUUUCUUUUCACGCUCAAAUUUUGAAGCCCAGCUAUAAACCCUAAACCCCCAAAUUCGUUGGUCAUGGCUUCGUCUUCGAGUAGCGGAUUGACGUUCAAGCUGCAUCCUCUAGUAAUAGUAAACAUCUCCGACCAUUACACGAGGGUCAAGUCUCAGAUGAACCCAACCCUUGCACCAUCGCACGGUAACAACGCCGCCGCACCCAACGGUGGCGACGGCGUCGUUUCGACUCUCCCUCCCCGGGUCUAUGGAUGUGUCAUAGGAGUGCAGAAGGGCCGCACCGUGGAGAUCUUCAACAGCUUCGAACUCCUCUAUGAUCCUUCCACUCAUUCCCUCGAUCGCACCUUCCUCGAGAAGAAGCAAGAACUCUAUAAGAAGGUGUUCCCACACUUCUACAUACUGGGAUGGUAUUCGACUGGAAGUGAUGCGGAGGAAUCAGACAUGCAUAUUCACAAAGCUCUGAUGGAUAUCAAUGAAAGCCCAGUUUAUGUUCUUCUCAAUCCUUCUAUCAAUCACUCUCAGAAGGAUCUCCCAGUCAGUAUUUAUGAAAGUGAACUGCAUGUCAUAGAUGGGAUUCCACAACUUAUCUUUGUUCUCUCAAGCUAUACUAUUGAGACUGUUGAAGCAGAACGGAUAUCAGUUGAUCAUGUUGCUCAUCUUAAGCCAUCUGAUGGUGGUUCAGCGGCUACACAGCUGGCUGCUCACCUUACUGGUAUACACAGUGCCAUCAAAAUGCUUCAUAGCAGAAUAAAGGUGCUACACCACUAUCUUCUUGCAAUGCAAAAAGGUGAUGUUCCUUGUGAAAAUUCACUAUUAAGACAAGUGUCAAGUCUCCUGAGAAGAUUGCCUGCUAUUGAAUCCGGGAAAUUUCAAGAUGAUUUCUUAAUGGAGUACAAUGAUACCUUAUUGAUUAGUUACCUGGCAAUGCUUACUAACUGCUCAAGUGGAAUGAAUGAGCUGGUGGACAAAUUUAAUACCGCUUAUGAUAGGCAUACCAGAAGGGGUGGACGAACUGCUUUUAUGUGAGAGCUACUUGGUUGCUUAUUUCUGGUGGACAUCCUCAGAGCACUUUUCCAACUUUGUAGGCUUAGAUUUUUUUUUUUUUUGUUUUUUCACCUCUUUUUGCUGGUUAGGCACUUGUUAUUGAAGCUUAGUAUUGCUUACAUUUUAGAGAAUAGGUAGUAAAGAAAAAAAAAAAUGGAAAGUUACCAUAUGAUUGCCCCCUUCAACUAAAAUGGAAAAAAAGGUAUUUGUUUUA